ACACUCUGUCGCUCCUCCCCUGAAGUAGGCAGUAACCAGCUCGUCAUCCUCCCCGUUUGCUCAACACUUUUUGUUGCUGCAGACUCUCACAGGACGUGCGCGUGUGUGUGUAUGUGUGUUUGUAGUUUGUUAAUUUCUCCUUUUUUUACUGCAAACAAACCGCCUUUUCUUAUCGGCUUCUUCACUUCUACUCUGAAGAAGUGUGUCGUUUUUUAUUUUUCGUGUGGAGUUUAUCAUUGUCUGGGGGGGGUGGGGGGGGUUAAAGCUCGAAGAGGAUAUAAAAAAGAAAGAACGACUCAAAGAAGGAGAAAAACACACAAACCUGGAGGAGGAAAAGGGCGUUCAUACUUCGAAGUAACCAUGGAGGUUCCUGGUAUGCAGAGUUCUCAGAUUGAUCCGGAGGAGUUGUUCACCAAAUUGGAUCGCAUUGGAAAGGGAUCUUUUGGAGAGGUGUUUAAAGGGAUCGAUAAUCGUACACAGAGCGUUGUCGCCAUAAAGACGAUCGAUCUGGAGGAGGCUGAGGACGAGAUCGAGGACAUCCAGCAGGAGAUCACAGUUCUCAGUCAGUGCGACAGUCCGUACAUCACCAAGUACUUCGGCUCCUAUCUGAAGGGCAGUAAACUAUGGAUCAUCAUGGAGUAUCUGGGCGGAGGGUCAGCACUCGACUUGCUUCGGGCGGGUCCGUUUGAUGAGUCUCAGAUUGCCACCAUGCUGAAGGAGAUCUUGAAGGGGCUCGACUACCUGCACUCUGAGAAGAAGAUCCACCGAGACAUCAAAGCUGCCAACGUCCUGCUGUCGGAGCACGGUCAGGUGAAGCUGGCCGACUUCGGUGUGGCCGGUCAGCUGACGGACACGCAGAUAAAGAGGGAAACCUUCGUGGGAACGCCGUUCUGGAUGGCUCCGGAGGUCAUCCAGCAGUCCGCCUACGACUCCAAGGCCGACAUUUGGUCUCUGGGCAUCACGGCCAUCGAGCUCGCCAAGGGAGAGCCCCCCAACUCGGACAUGCAUCCGAUGCGAGUGCUGUUCCACAUCCCCAAGUCUCCUCCUCCUACGCUGAGCGGAGAUUUCUCCAGGAGCUUCAAAGACUUCACCGAGGCGUGCCUCAACAAGGACCCUACCUUCCGUCCAACAGCCAAAGAGCUCCUCAAACACAAGUUCAUCGUCAAACACUGUAAGAAGACGUCCUACCUCAGCGAGCUGAUCGACCGGUACAGGCGCUGGAAGGAGGAGGGCCACAGCGGCAGCAGCUCCGACGACUCCGACAGCGAGUCCAGUAAUAAGGAGAACAGCGAGUCUCCCGAGUGGUCCUUCACCACGGUCCGUAAGAAGAAGACGGAGGGCAGGAAGGUCCUCAAUGGAACGGGUCAGGAUCAGCAGAGUAAAUCAGCCAGUCUGACCACAGUCAUCUCUCCCGUCUUCACUGAGUUGAAGCAGCAGCACAAGGAGCACUCUGAGCAGCGAUUGGCCAUCGAGGAGCUGGAACGCAACAUCCGAUUGGCUGAAGAGGUCUGUCCAGGCAUCACAGACAGGAUGGUCACACACAUCAUUGCUAGAUUCACGACGAACUGAAGGAGUCUGAAAAUGGAUGGGAAAAGGAAGUACGUUAUGUGAAGAGAGACUGUGUCUCCAUACGGUGACGCUGCUGGCUGAUUGGAAACAGAGGAUAUUUGCUGUGCGAUGUCUCCUCGCUAUACACACACACACACACAGACACACACACACACACACACACACACACACACUACUAAUGUAAUAUAUACACUAUAUAUUACUCACUGUUGCUGGUUGAAGACUUUUUUUCUCCCCAAGUUGGAAGAAACAAGUUUGGAAGAAAUAAUCUAGAGCUGUCAGUUGGCCCUGGACUUGGUGGAAGUUUAUGUAAUUAUUAUUCUUAAAAUAACCAUCACGUGCCUUAAUUAUUUAUGCUGUGAGUCAUUUUCUAAAAGUAGGCGUCACCUUAGACCAGAAAGAUAUACAUAAGAGAGUUCUCCACCAUCAGCAGUGGUAUGUUUCGAGUCACGGCUUUUCUUGACUUUGUAGAUGUCUAUAUAUUUGUUCAGUAGCACUUGAGACAGAUUAUAUGCCAAUAUAACAUAUUUUUUGUUGUCUUUAGUAAUGCCUUAUAUUACAGUUCCCUGAUCCAGGAAUUAGGUCCAGGUCAGGUCUAACUUUCAAAGUCUAACACAUCGAAUUUUCAGGGUUAUUUGUCGUCAUCAUUUUAGCUCAUUUUACAACCAUACACCCGUUCCAUUCUGGGAUUAACUCCCUGGGAUGUGUGUGGCUCAAAAGGUGUCUAGUUGGAAUAAGAUUUCAGUGCAAAUGAAACAACAUGAUGAAAAUGCACAAAGGUCUUCCACCCGCUCACAAAAAGACUGUCCUUUUUCAUUUUUUUCCUUUUUAAAGUAAAAAAAAAAAAAAUCAUUGCUGAGAGUUGAUUCUUAACGUAAUGCUCGAUGUGUAAAGAUGUUGUUUAUAAUACCACCAUUGGAAAGUAGCGCAGGUCCUUUCCAAGAGCAUGAAGGGAGCUGUAAUCAAAGAUAUUACUGAUAGUUCGUACCAAAGACACUAUAAGACUUGGUCAUUGUAUAUUUUUGUCUUUUUAUAUAUCAUAAGGGAUUACGAAAAUGCUUGUUGAGGGAGGAGACGUAAAAUGAAAGAUGUAAGAUUAUACAGAAGUGUACUUUUUUUUUUUCGUAGCGGGACUUAGAGUUUUAUGAAUAAAUAUUUAAGUUUGA